GGAGAAAAGUUAUUAGAGCGAGAAAAGGGGGUUUUAUCCACAGUGAGAAAGAUGGCGUACACGCCGAUCGGAGCACAUCCGCACCUCGGGUUCGAAUCGUCUCCCGCUUCCCUUCGGCUGGAUUCCAUGACGACGACCCGUUCCUCCUUGCCUUCCCUUGGUGGCCAGGGUGGCGGACCUCACUCCGGGGGCCAGCUAUCCAGUCUGGCUCGCCUGGACCAUCAGCAGUCGUGCGCCAUCUGCCUGGAGCGCUACGACGAGCCGCGUAUCCUCAAGUGCUCGCACUCUUUCUGUCGCCGUUGCCUGGUACAAGUCCUGGAACAGCGCGCCGAUGAUCCGGAGAACCCGCAGCCUCACAAUCAUCUGACGUGCCCCAAGUGUCGAGAUGUCACGGUCCUCUCUGAACUGGGGGUGGACGCUCUCCCCAUCAACUGGGACCUCAUGCAAGUGGUGGACAUAAUCGGAGAGGAGGCGGAUGAGUCACUGUUGGAUGCAAACUCUUUCACCUCCCAUCAUUCCAGUAGUCCGCUCACCUCUCUCCUCCCCAUGGCUCACUCUGACAACAUGCCCAUGUGCCGUGAGCACAAUCGCCGACUGGACUAUUUCUGUGAAAAGUGUGACGUGUUGGUCUGUGCCACAUGUGCCAUCAACACUCACGGAGGACACAAGCCAAAAGAAGCUCAGAAGCUUACAACAGAGCUUCGCUCACAGUGCGUCGAUCCUCUAGAGAUCCGAUACCUCCGGACAAACGUCGCGAUCGACGAGAACACCCGGAUCUACAACCAGGUCAGGAAACUCGGCGAGAGCCACAAACACCGCAUCCAGACACUGUUUCAAGAGUUGCGCAAUACCCUCAACUCGCGGGAACUGGCCCUCGUGCAGUCUCUGGAGGGAGUGAUAUCGAAGAAGUGCAGUGCACUCCACACCCAAUGCAUGCAGCUUCAGCAGCUGAGAGAGAAGUUGAACGCAGAGCGGGAGAGCGUGUCUCGUCUACUCCAGAUCAAAGACCACGACUACACGGUCCUUCUGAAGAGAAAACAGAUUGCCGCGGAGGUCGAUGCCGUCGUGAACGAGGUCGACGGACUCGAACGAGACCCGGUCGAGAAACUGGAAGACGGGCCAGAGUGUGUCCUGCGCGAGGAGCUGCUUCAGGAGGCAAGCGGGUUUGGCGAGAUUUACUGCACUCCGACCCCUGCAAAGUUCGUCGCGUCGGGACCCGGACUGGAGAAAGGUUUACAGGUCGGAAAGGAGGCGGAGUUUGUGGUUGAAGCUCACGAUAAGUACGGUCAGCGGGCGUUCAAGGGAGGGAACAAGGUGGAGGUCAAGAUUUUGGACCCCCAGGGGGCUGAGAUUCCGGUUGCCAUCGACAAUGCCAAAAGGGGGAGGAGCCUGGUUCGGUACACGCCCAAGAAAGUUGGGUUCCACGUCGUCACGAUUUUGGUCGACUCGCAGAGAAUUUCAAACUAUCAAUGGAACGUCAUGGUGUACGGUUACCGUGACUACUCGGUGAUGACGAAGCCUCGGCUGUAUCUGUCGCGUCAGCAGAUCAGCGACAUGUCAACGGUCAAGAGUGUGUGUGUGUUGCCUCUGUCAGGGUAUCUGGCCUUCUCUGACCAACUCUGUAUCAGGACGGUGAACCUGGAGGGGUUGAGGCUGGUAAAGAGAGCCAUCGGCCUGGCAGGGUCACCCAGUGGCCUGUUCAGUAUGCCCAUUGGAAUCACAGCCAACAGCAAAGACGAACUCUUCAUAGCUGACAGACAGGCUUGCAAGAUAACCAAAUUGGCUCCUGACGGCAGGGUCGUUGGAUCGUACGGGAGGCAGGGAAGAGGCAGCGGGGGGUUGAGGCAUCCAGAGUCCGUCGCCGUGACAACCGACAGACUGUUUGUGGUUGACACGGGCAACAACUGCAUCCAGGCGAUGUCGUUGAAGAGUGGUAAAUUCAAGGUCAUUGGAGGUCGAGGUGUGCCCGACGGAAUACAGCUAAGAGAACCCCAGGGAGUGGCAGUCGAUGAGGUCAGAGGUCGUCUCUACAUCACCGACGCCGGCUACAACUGCCUCCUCUGCGUCUCCUUGGCAACCCUCGAGCCAUCGCUGCCUUCGGGCAGGGCGGGGACAGUCCUCUAAUCAGCCCCACGUCUCGUUGCCGUCGACCGUGACGGGUUUCUCCUAGUAACGUCGGCCAGGCACACCUCCUCUUUGUCGUGUCUCCGCAGGGUGCAAAGGUCAAGCAGCUGGGUGGCCGAGGGAAUGCUGUUUAAAUCUCCGAGCAGUGUCUGCGUGGAUGGUCAGGGGAACGUUAUAGUGGCCGAUCCAGCAUCCCCUGCAUCCACAUUCUUCUGAACACUCAACUCCACUAUUUAGGGUCAUACAUAUGUAUACACUACAUACAUGUACACUGUCGUUCUCACUACAGGCAAACGCAGUUCUACCAAGAGGUAGUAAUUGGCGUGUCGUUUAGCAUGGGACAGUGUGGAAGUUUGUAAUUUCUAGCACACUCUUGUUUGUUACGUGUUCAUGUGCAUGCAUAGUGCCACUAUUUGUAUAUAUAUGCAGGUCGUCAUGUAAUUGGAACUAUGGGAGGAAAAACCCCUGGUUGGGGAUUUCCCUCCUAACAUCCUCACUGUUCCUUAGGUGUGGUCAACAUUAUGUCAUGUAUGUAUUAUAUUAUACACCAUAAUUAUACCUUCCUUCCGCUCUUUAUAUCGCCCCCAUUAUGCACAUCCAUCAAAUGAUGCACCUUACGUCUUUGAAACUGUGUGUAUACAUGUGUGAUUCAGCAAUGUUGUGAGGUAUCGU